AAUGAAGAAGGUACUUCCAUUAGAGAUGUUCAGUGCAAACCAGGAAGGAACAGAUAUGGUCUCAUAGCAGCUUUUCUCACAGCAGCAGUUGUUUUACUGUCAUUUGCAGUUUUAUGUUUAUGUCAAAGAAAAGCAGUCAGAAGUUUCUUUAUAUUAAAAAGUCCUGUAGAAGAAUCAGACCCUCAAACUUCACAAUGUGCCCCAUCAACCAGUCCACUGUAAGAGCUACAUCUAUUGUUUCAUUAAUGCAUAAUGUAAGCUGGUUUAUACAGGGUUCUCGUGGGGUCUUAAAAGCAUUGAAUUUAUUAAUUUGGAAAUAAUACCUUAAAAAGUCCACGGUUAUUUUGAUUAAAUAGCAACACAGCCCCGGGUCACCGUACAAUAUACUGUAAACACACGAUGCCUUCAGUAAAGGAAGAUCACGCACUACGACACCACAACCAUAGACUACAACACAACAUGCAAAGGAGAAGCACGAGAAAUCAGUGAAAAUCUCAGCAUUCCACAGGAAAUGUUGACUGACGCAGGCAAUUAUAUUUUUAAAGUUUGUGUGGUAAGAUGGUCGGUGCAGUGGCGAACUGGCAGCAAAAGAAAUGGCAAAACUCUCGAAAAAUCCAAUGAAGUGUCUUUUUAUUUAUGUGAGCCACCAUUCUCAGACAGGUGUGAAAGAAGCCAAAGCAAAAUUUCCAUUGAAAAAUCAAAAUUUACCAAAAAAUAAACAAAUAAAAAAAAAAUAUUCAAAGUACAACUCAACACUUAACAAAACACAAAAGGGAAUAACUAAAUUGUUGGCUACUGUUCCAACCAACACCCCUCUCCCUCUGCAGCAUUUCCUUUGUCUUUUAAUCAUCCUGGUCCCCUCCCUUCAGAUUCAAACGGGCCAAUCAUAACACUCCAUCUGUUAGCAACACUAUGUUUCUAGAUCUUAACACUUUACACUUUUCACACCCAAAAUGAAGUCUACCUGUAAUCAAAGGCAUUAUCAUUUAACAAAAUCACUGAAAUCUCUACAUACAAUACAUUUAUAAUCUUUGCAUGCUUGAUCAGAUGACUCCUCCCCUUCAGGAUGCUAUAACACUGGCUUCCUGUUCGCGGGUCACUCCCUUUUAGGCCUUUCCUGAAUGGGCAAGACAAAUAUUCACAUUAAUACAACCAUUUAUUGAUUUUACCUUACUUUGGAUGUUACUAGCAGUCAACAUGGAAUGUGCACCUUUCAUGUGACUGCUUCAAUAGUAAAACAAACAAAAUAAAGAACUUGCCAAAUUCUAUUGGGUCUUUAUUUAACUUAAACUGUGUGUGCCACAUCACACUUACAUAGCCAAGUUUGGUUUAGCUAUCCACAUCAAAGAAGAACUGGUGUCCAAAGUCAACAAAACGCUGUUUGUUCUUAUGUUUGAUGAGAGUCUCAAUGAGAUUGCGAAAAACAAACAGCUGGAUGUGCACGUCCGCUUCUGGAACGAGGGACAGGUUCAGUCCAUAUAUCUGGGCUCUCCAACGCACAAGACCAGCUGUCGCAUCUCAAAGUAAGGGUAAUCAUUUUUUACUUUAAAAGCUCAUCAAUUUAUAUUGAUAGACUCAACUUGUGUGCAUAUACUCUUCUGUAACUGCAAUAUUGCAUGACCAAUUAGUUAUUUCCCUUAACCAUAUGUGCUCAUCCAGUCCUCUUAUUUGAGUAAUCAAAUGCAACCCUUUUUUUCUUAGGAAUAUAUGGACAGACUGAACCUCAUGGACUUGGUGUCCAUUUCAAUGGAUGGGCCCAGUGUGAAUUGGAAACUCUUCUGCCUUUUCCAGAAAGAUCACGCUGAGCAGUAUGGAGGAGGAGAGGAUUACAUCACAGUAACCAAGUCUACUGUGUUCCCCCUUUUUUCUGUGCCCAUCGUUGGGUGGAAAACCUUCCGGUUGUGGAGAGAGCCCUGAAAGUCUGGCCAUCACUGCUCUUGUACAUGGAAUCCGUGAAAUCAAAGAAACUCUCGAACCCUGGAACAGCAUCUUAUGUUGCAGCAGCCAUGAAGGAUCCACUCAUCUUGGCCAAAUUGCAGUUCUACGUGGCACUCGCCAGGACCUUCACUCCCUUCCUGAAAAAAUAUCAGACAGAUGAGCCUGUGCUUCCAUUCCUUCCGAAGGACCUGACUGAGUUGAUGAGACGCUUCAUAAAGAGAGAAGUCCUCCAUGAUAUCACUGCCCUGCAGCUGACCAAAUUGGAUGUCACAGACAAGACCAUCUGGCUCAGCCCACAAGACAUCAGCAUUGGUCUAGGUGCAGAGUCAGUCCUUAAGGAGAUGAAAGAGGCAGAGGAGUGUCUUCAGGAGCUAAAGGUGAAGAGGAGACGCAUACAAGAGGUGUGUGAGGGUCUGGCGGACAGGCUGGCUAAGGAGGCUGAAAGGAAGGCAGGAAGCAAGAUGGCUGACCUGAUCUCCAGGUCCAACCUCUUGCGGAGAGUCCAUAAGGAGAGGUUGACGUUACUGGCUGUCCAUGGCCCUGUUCACACUGCAGGUAAAAGUGGCCCAAAUCCGAUUUUUUUGGGGUCAAGUGACCAGGUCAGACUUCUUCAGGAGUAGUGUGAACACUCAAAUCUGGCCCAGAUCUGAUUUUUUCAAAUCAAA